UAGGGCAGCUAUUGUUGCACGACGGGUUGAGUUAAAUAAAACAAGUAUAGCAGAGCUUGAAAAAAUUACUCUAUAAACGAUAUAAAUAAAUGAAAAUUCAAUAAUAAAAUAUAUGUGCGAGAAAAUUAAAACAUUCGAAAAUUAACAACAAUUACUAAUAAUUGGCGAAUCUUUGUAACUUAAUAAUGAAAACUAAAGAAUGAAUGUUUGGAAAAAAGAAAUAACUGCUACUUGAAAAGAAAAAUUGUCGUAAUAAAAAAGAAAGAGAGAAAUAUUUGCUAUGUCAUUAGUACAGUGAAGUUUGUGAGAGAGAAUCAAAUAGAGUUUUUAUCGUACAAUGCAGAUACUACUGCCAGAAAAAUACCCAUAAGAAUUGUGUUAAUUUUUUGCAUCGUGAAAAAAAGUAUUUAGAAAUUAUCUGUGUGCAAAUAAAUAGAAAAAUUACAGAAAAUUGUUUAUUAAUGUCGUUUAAAAGCAAUUAAGAUGAAAUUGUGAUGAAGAAUAUUUAGUAGAACGGCAAAAAUUGAAAAAGUGUAAACAGCUGACGACAACGGUGACGACGACUACGUCAAAUGCUGCUCUAAAACCCCUACGCCCACCGCGGUUAUGAUUGAGUGAAUCACUUUCUGUUCGCUUCAGUUUUGUACAUAAAGUUUUUUUAUUUUUUUUUUUGUUAAAUUUUAAAGUGCAGUUAUAUUCUUCAUCUCUGUAAUGGACACUGAACUUGAUGAUGAUAAAGUAAUUAACAUAAUUAGUUACUCGAAACCACAAAGCAGCGAUUUAUUUUAAACAAAAUCUUAAGAUUAGAGAAAAAUAACAAAACAAGAAAUAGUAAAAUAAAAAAAAAGGAAUCAUCGAACGAAAAGUUUUCAAGUAGUCACGGUGAAAGUAAGCGGAAAGAGGGCACAAAUACAAUAUUUAUUAUUUAUUUCGAUGUGGAAACGCCUGCUGCCCUGUGUGCAAAGCUACCCAAAAAAGUAACAGAAAAAAAGAAGUAAAAGACGACGAACAUAAGCAAAAAACAAAAGGUGGAAAGUAGAAGAGGAAGAAGGCGAAAAACACUCCUCUGACUUCAUAAGCUCUGCUGCGACUGCCGUCUACAUUCAAUUGUGCUGCUUCGAGACGCAGCCUGUGCUGCUAGUCGUCUUUUUGAGUAAAUUUGAAUUGUCUAAUUUUAUUUUGUAAACGAAAAAACAAAUAAAAAUCGCAUAAUGGACGAAACUCAAGAAAUUCGUCAGGCUCGUUAUCGUGCUUCGGUCAAAUGGUUAUUGUCUAAGGCGUAUAAUAAUCGAGUGCCCGACAAUUUGAAGGAGCCGUUCUAUAGGGACCAUGAGAAUCAAGAGCGACUUAAACCAAAAAUCGUAGUUGAUAUGGGGAAUGCGACUUUGUAUUGUCAGACAUUGUCGAAUUUAUAUUCCGAUCCAAAUUACCAAAGCCUUAAUCACUGGUCGAUAUUGCAAACAUUGGCACGCAAGGGAGUGCCGGUCAAUGAGUCGUCCGACAUGCCUCUAACAGAAACAGUAUUGAUACAAACAAAUCCCCUAAGAAUUGUGGGUCAUAUGGCGGUUGUAGAGGCGCUUAUGAUGUUAUAUACCAAGGAAAUAACUUCCAACGAACGUAUUAACAAUGCCAUUAAGAGAAUAUCUGGUAAUAGUGAUCAACCUGUUGUUGCAGGCAGUGGGAAUAUAGAACAUACAAUUCUUUCGUGGGUGUCUCAUACUUGUGCUGCUUUAAAGAAGCGUGUAGAACGUGAUAUACAAAUGAAUCCCGAGGAUGAAAAUGGCAAACGAUUGCAAGCCCCAGACAUACCGCCUGUGCGUGACUUUCAAGAUCUUUGCGAUGGCAUUUGCUUAGCACUGUUAAUAUCCUACUAUUGUCCCAAAGUUGUGCGUUGGACUGAUGUGCGCAUAAAUUAUUUACCGGCUGUUGAGGAUUCGAUACACAAUGUUUUGAUAGUGAGCAAUUUUUCUCAAAAGUAUCUGCCAUACAAUGUGUUCCAUAUGCUUCCCGAGGACGUUACAUACAUGAGAGGAUCAAUGCGACUAAAUUUGCUUGUUCUUUUGGCAGAUUUGUUCAAUCUUUUUGAAAUACAUCCAGCCAAUUGCGUCACUUACCCCGGUAUGGAUUCUAUCGAGAUCAUCGCUAAACAGAAUGCAGGUGCCAAUGAACAUGGAAUUUAUCACCGCCGCGGUUUAACUAUGCCUACUGUCACACCGAUUCCAGAUUUAAGAAGUGAAAUAGAUCAACCUUCUACAUCACCAUCGACAAGACCUCAAUUUCAAGUUACGUAUACGAAUUCUGCAAGUGGUCUCAUUAUAAACAAACCAGCACCAACCAUACAACCACCAUCAUCUCAAUACGAUCAGCAUCAAAUGGCUGAGAAUACUCAUUUCGAAAACGAAGCAUUCGUUGUACACAAAUCACGUGGCAUUACCACACUAUCAUCCAUGCAUAUGCAGCAACAGGAUCCUCUAAUGCCAGCUCGUUUAAGACAGGCCAAAGAAAAAAACAAUACAGAAUCCAAGGCCGACGAAAGAGGAGACAAUAUACCAGCUGGAAGACCUAGUAAUUGGGAUCAACAUCGCCGCCCUAGUUAUGCAGGACGGAGAUCGCGUCGAAACUCAUCCAGUGAAGAUUCUCAACUGACAAUUGAAAACUUUGGCGGAUCUCAGGAUCAGCUCAAUAACAUUGAACGCUUUGAAAGAGAUAGGGAACGUAAAUUAUCAAACACAACAAUAGAACAUGUGGUACCCGUUAGAUCAUCGAUUGCAGACGCUCGUGGUACUUUGCAAUUGGGCUACGACACCGAUUCUGGUUCAGAAAAACAAGAUCGCGAUACAGAGAAACAAGAACCACCACUCAAACGGCAAACCAGCUACGAUAACGUUAAUUUUGCAUCAAGUGCACAAAAUAAAAGUAAUAACGCCAUUAACAGCCCACAAAAGCAUUCCACUAGUCCAGAAUUGGUUACAGAUGAGCCGUCACGCGAUCCAAACGCUACACUUACUAGAAAAUCUUCAAAUGCUAGCAUGCAUAUGAAAACACCCAAUUGGCAGAAUAAUCAAAGUGACACCUUCGAUGAUGACACCCGUUCGUUGGAAAGCACUUACAAGCUCAACACUAUACGUAUGAAACUAGAGGAGAAAAGAAAGAAAAUUGAGCAGGACAAACAAAGAAUUGAAAUGGUUUUAUCGCGUCACCAAAAAGAAUUCAAUCAGGAUCCGGAUCUUGUCGAUGCGGACUACAUGAAGUGGGAAACCAUGAGCAACGACUCAAAACGUACUUCUGACAUAGAUCCCAAUGAUUUGGAUAAAUAUCAGCAAAGCAUCGCUAUUAUGAAUAUGAAUCUUCAAGACAUUCAACAAGAUAUACAAAGAUUAGCUACGCAGCAAAAUCAGAUACAGGCCCAACAAAUGCAAGCUCAACAGCUCCUGCAGGCCCAACAAAUAGCAAAUAUGUUGAAUCAGCAACAACAAAAUUUUGGAUCACAACAACAUUUAGCUGAUCCAUAUCCAACACGACCCUUACAAAAUCAGCCAAAUUUCGGAUCAUCUCCUCAUUUGCCACAGUCGUUUAAUCCCGGUGUUGUUGUUAACCCGUACGGCUCUAGACCCCCUAGUCGAGAUCCCUACCAGCAGAUGCAAACCAUGCCAGUGCAGUAUAUAAAUGACAAUGCUCCAUACCUGUACCCGCAACAGCAGCAACAGCAACAACAAUCCAUGUUGCCCCAAUCUCAAUAUAAUACCAUGCAUCCUCAUUAUAAUGACAACAACGCCGUGCCUUAUAGCAGAAGUAACAACCAUAGCUUCGGUGGGCCACAGCCUCAGAAUAGUCAACCACCGAUGCAGAGUCAUCAUCCGCAUCAACAAUACAUUCCUCGUCAAAGUAUUUACGAUGAUUAUCCAAUACAGUCGAUGCAUGGCCGUGAGCCGAACAUGUCGCCACAACCGAACAAUUACUAUGGACAUGAGCCUCUAGUGCAACAGCAGCAAAGUCAGCAGCAACAACAGCAACACCCACAACAGUAUCCUACACAAAGAAGAACAUGGGCCCAGCCCUCGUUCGAUCCGAUGCAAAUGGUAGAUGCUGGCGUCAACUCUUGGCAAACUCAGAGGCGACCACAAAAGUCAAUGGACGGCGACGGUGGUGGGCCUAAUUGGGGCAGUCCACAGAUGGACAAUAACAUCCAGCACCACCGAUCGUCCAUACACCAAAACGGUGAUGGUCAACACCAUCCAAUGUACCCGGUGCACUCCUCGCCCCUGCAUAGCCAACGCAUGUCUGGUGGCAAUGGGGGCGGUGUAGGCGUAGGUAUGAGCGUGGGCAUGGGCGUACAAAGGCAGCAGUCAAUGACUAAUUUAAGAGAGUCGAGAUCACCAAUUGUUGUUCCAAAGGCUUCAUCCGCACCCACGCCUCCUGAUGAUGUCAUGGCGCCCCAGAGCAUUUGCUUUAUUGGCGAUCAAGACGACAUCGAUGAAAUUGAACGUAACGUUAUUGAGAAAAUACAAUCCACUGGUCUUUCCGAAUACAUCUUCCCCAUGCACCACCAUCCACAACAGCAGCAACACCAACAAUCGCAUAUCUCUCAUGUGGCACAAAUGCAACGCGACGACCGGGAAAACAACUAUGACGAUUACAUUUGUGGCCCCAGUGACAUGAUGCCACAAAAGUUAAAUAUAACCAGUGGUAAUCUAACUUAUAGAAUACCUUCACCACAACGUCCACAACUCCAUCCAAAUAGCUUCCAGGAUCCUCGAUCGUCGGAAAAGAAUACUGCUGAGAAAGGAUUCUACAUUUCCUUCGACGAUGAGCAGCCCAAAAGACCUAAACCACCUUUGCGUGUCAAGCGUUCGCCGAAAAAAGAAAAGAGUUUGGACAGUGGUGACAACCAGCUAUCGAACAAUUCCGACUCUACCGACUACAUUGAAAUGAUGAACAAUGAUGUCAGUGUCGAACCGAAAAUUCGACCAAAAGUUCACAAACUAAACUAUAGCGAAAGUAACAGCAGCAGUAGUAACCAAAACAGAAAUACGAUGGACAUAAAUAAGGCCACGUACAACAAAUAUACAGACAGUCCAAUACAUCUCAGUCAGGUGAUGUCAGUAGGUGAGAAUAAACACGAACACAAACCACAAAACUGUUCAUCUUCGCACAACAAUAAUCAACCACAAACACCACCCCCAUCUGUAGCUUCCACCUCACCAACACAUUUAAGGAACAGUACUGCAUUAGAGAAUCGGGAAGUAAAAAGCAAAGCUUUGGUAAUUGGCACAGACCCCUCAACACUUGAUCCGGAAUCAGCCGAGGAAAUGGAACGUCGUAAAGAAAAGAUUAUGCUUUUAUCUCUCCAACGUCGCCAACAACAGGAAGAAGCUAAAGAACGAAAAGAACAAGAGGCUGCACGAAAACGAGAAAUGGAACGUGAAAAAGAGGAAGAGAAGCAGCGCAAAAAGGAGGAACAAAUGGCCCGCAGGGCAGCUAUACUCGAACAGCAUCGUCUAAAGAAAGCCCUCGAAGAAGCUGAACGAGAAGGCAAAACAAUUGAUCGCUCAGACAUUGGUCACAAACCAAGCUCCCACACAAACACAGUGACUAGAACACGACCCAAACCCACACGCCCACGACCCAAAACAAUACAUGUCGACGACGGAUCUGUGGACUUGAGCGAGGCUUCGAGUAUAUCUAGUCGCGGUAAAAAGGGUUCUAGUACUAAUCUAACAGGCUACGGCCAAUCGAAUACCAAUUCAAUGAGGAGAGAUUAUUACAGAGGCUCUCAAGACUCCCUAACUGUGAAAGAAUCACCGGACGAGUACCCAAGUACAAGUUCCACGCCUAUUGGACGUCGGGGAUCAUAUAAACUAUCUAAAGAACCAAAUGUCGAACGAGGUCGAACUCUAUCACGUAUAUCUGUAGCCAAAGGAAGUACUCUAAACUUUCGUGGGCGAAAAUCAAAUUCGCUUAUGAAUCUGUGCGAUUCUGGUAUAGGAAGAGCUACGCCACCACGUAGAGCACCAUCGCCUGGUAUGGCCACGUUAGGUAGGCACAUGCCCUCUCCAUCAGGCCCCGGCUCUUUGCCGCCCGGUUUAAUAUCGAAACGACGUGGUAUAGACGAUGGAUCAAGCGAUAUAUCGAUUGGCAAUUCCAUGAUGGAGUAUUCGGGGCCAAAAUUAUAUAAGCAGCCAGCAGCUAAAUCGAAUAGAGGAAUAAUUCUCAAUGCUGUCGAAUAUUGCGUCUUCCCUGGCGCAGUUAAUCGUGAUGCAAAACAAAAAGUACUUGAAAAAAUUGCCCGUUCCGAAGCAAAACAUUUUCUUAUACUCUUCAGAGAUGCAGGCUGCCAAUUUCGAGCACUAUACAGUUACACUCCUGACACGGAGCAGGUGGUAAAAUUGUAUGGUACUGGACCUAGUCAAGUGGAUGAAGUCAUGUUUGAUAAAUUCUUCAAGUAUAAUUCAGGAGGAAAAUGCUUUUCUCAAGUCCAUACAAAGCAUUUGACUGUUACCAUUGAUGCUUUCACAAUACACAAUUCACUAUGGCAGGGCAAAAAGGUCAAUUUGCCAAGUAAAAAAGACAUGGCUUUAGUUAUCUAAUCAUCUAAACACAAAUUCACACAAUGAGUCUUACCAGAAUUUAGCCGAGGAAAUUAAACUAAAUAUAAACAUAGAGAAAUGAGGUGUAGCCUUAAAAUUCGCUUAAGAAGUCAACUACACAACACUACUACUUUGAAUGCUUACUUAGUGAAGGAUGUGUAUAUCUAUCAAUCUAUAUAUAUAUAUAAAAAAAAAACAUUGCAACCAUUACAAAUACACCCACUUACAUAUAUCCCUAUCCUUUUUAUGUUAAUAUAAUAUUUAAUAUUAUAACCCAUUAAUGAAGUUACACCUUCCCCCGUGACUGCUCUCCUAAUUUUACUCUACUUCCCUCUUACUCUCACACUCUUACCUUUAAUUAACUCUAUCUCCCCAACCUGAUAUAAGAACUGAAAUUAUUACGAUAUAUAACUUGGUAUAUAACAUGAAUAACUAAAAUUAAAACAAAACAACAAAAAAAUAAUAAGUAAAGACAAACUAAAGUCGUUAUAUGUACUAUAUAUUGCGUAAAUUAAACUGAAAUAAAAGUAAAAACAAAAUAGUUUAGCAAAAACAAGAAUUAAUAAUGAAAUAAUCCAAAACGAAAGUCAAAUCAAUACUACUUUAAUUAUACUCUAUUAAUUAUUAAUUUAUGCUGAAAAUGCAUAUAAAAUAAAAUAAAUAAAAUAUAUUAUAUAUAUAUACAAAAUAUGUAUUACUUAUUAAAUCAUAAAAAACAAAAAACAGAAAACAAAACAAAAAUAAUAACAAAAAUCGAAAAGAAGAGAUAACAAACAUAUUUUUAUUAUUAACUAAUUUCUUAGUUUUUGUUUUUUAAUACGUUUUUAGUCUGAUUUUUGUUUCUCAAGAAUCUUGCUUGCUCCUUUUUUAUACUAAACAUAAAAUAAAACAAACAAAAAAUAUUUAUAUAACACGAAAUAACAAUAAGAAUAAUAUUUUCUAUACUCCUCUUCUUCUUUCUAUACCCAUCAUUUAGUUGUUUAUUUGUGUCAGUCAUUUAUAAUUAUUCCAUUAAUUAUUAUUUUUAUUUAUUAUUUGCUUUGUUUCAAACACAAAUACAUACAUUAAAUGAGAAAAAAGUUAAGAAAUUCCUCACAUACACACACAUACACACAUUAUGUACUUUAUUAUUAAUAAUAAAAAAAAGAAUUUUGUAUUUCAAAUAAAAAUAUUAAACAUUUUGUUCUUUAACCAAAAAAAGAAAAACAAA